UGUGGACCUUUUCCCUACACUUUAUCAUCCUAAGUUUCGUAUUCGAUACUCAAAGACCAGAGUCCUUCAGGGAGGAGAAAACCAAAUUCUCCUCCUAAAUCACAUCAUUCAAUUUAUCAUACUGUUAUCAAUCCAAAUGGGGACCUACUUUUGGAUUUCGUUUUUCACAAUUCUCAUCCAAUUAAUGACGGCUACUGUAAAAUCCCAGCAGCUAAUCGAGUCCCAAUUGAAUCUCCCUAGCUGUCCUGGACCCGACCCGACACUUAAUUACCGGCCGGUCAUCGGAAUUGUUAGUCAUCCCGGCGACGGAGCUUCUGGCCGCCUUAAUAACGGCACUGAUGUCUCCUACAUCGCAGCUUCUUAUGUCAAGUUUGCUGAAAUGGCUGGUGCUAGAGUCAUUCCGCUUAUUUAUACUGAGCCUCCUGAAAUUCUCAAUCAAAAACUUAAUCUAGUCAAUGGCGUUAUCUUCACUGGAGGACGGGUCAAGGAUGGUCUCUACUUUGAGGUUGUCAAAGGAAUAUUCCAGAAAGUCUUGGAGAAGAAUGAUGCGGGUGAGCAUUUCCCUCUUCUUGCCAUCUGCUUGGGUUUUGAACUUUUAACAAUGAUCAUCUCCAAGGACAAUAACAUUCUCGAGGAAUUCAGUGCAGCCAAUCAAGCCUCUACAGUACAAUUCGUGGAAAAUGUAAAAUUGGAAAGAACAGUGUUUGGAAGGUUCCCCUCUGUGUUGAUAAAGAAGAUGAGUACAGAUUGCCUUGUGAUGCAAAAUCAUCAUUUUGGCAUAUCACCAGAAAGGCUUCAAGCAAAUAAAGAUUUAUGUAGUUUUUUCAGGAUAUUGACGACUAGUACAGAUAAGAAGAACAAGGUCUAUGUCUCCACUGCUCAAGCACGACGCUAUCCCGUAACUGCUGUCCAGUGGCACCCUGAGAAAAAUGUUUUUGAAUGGCGCUCAUCACAGAUUCCACAUACCGAGGAUGCAAUUNCGCUUUUCUUAGGAGUUUCUUCGCAAAAUUGCAGUGAAGCAAGAAAAUCUUCUAACAAGCCAGCGCCUAGCAAAUUGCUUGACAACCUCAUCUACAAUUAUAGUCCCUCUUUUGCUGGGAAAGCUGGGGGUAGUUUUGAUGAGGUCUACCUCUUCUCUCCGCGUCCCGCCUUGAGCUCUCUGUAAAUGCCAGUGAACUACUAAAGCAUUGAAUGUUCUCUAAGCUUAUACAUGAGAAAGCUGCCAUGCGAAUGUUGUUCACGGUUCACUCUGGUCUUCAAUCUCCGUUAUCCAGAAACUCCGACAAGCGAAUUGCUUUAUACCACCUGUAUUAUGAUUGUUUAAUUCCUCUGCCCAAAUAGGUUCCAGACAUGGCUGAUUCAAUGCUGUUUUUCUCGUGCAACAAUUUGGUAUGUCACCAGAAAGAGCAUACAGUUACGUAUUUCGCCUCUCCAUAUACUAAGGGGCUCAUCUGCAUAUAUGACAAGAUAAGAAAAGAACUACUCUUCAUUUUAUGUGGCAUGUUUAAGUCAGUGUAAAAAGAGUUUUAGACUAUCAAGUCAUCUAAAGAAUACUGGUUUCUAUAAAAAAGUGAGAUUUGUAA